UUUUUACUUUCAAUCCCAAAGCAGUAGCAGCCACUCAACCCAAGCAACCCCAAAACGCCCAACCAACCACACUUGCACCCCUUGCUUCCUUUUGUCUCCUCCAAACACAACAAGCCAUGCAGGAGCCCGACGUUGCGCUCGGGUUUGACCCGUUUGCAGACGACGCGCUCGGCCGCAAGGUGACCCGGCAGCAUUCAGUGCGGCGGCUGCAGAAGCGCCAGUUCUCGCCGGCCGACCACGUCGUGUCCUCGGGCCAUCUCGCGCCCCAGCACGGCGACGCGCGCACCAAGGAGCUCCAGCAGCAAGAGGACGAAGACCGCGCCGCACAGCUCAAGGAAGCGCUCAAUGACGCCAAUCUAUCAGACAAGGAACUCGAGGACCAACUCUGGGCCAAGGCGAUCGACUUUGAGUCCUUCACGUACUUGCCGCCAAGCGAACGCAAACGGCAGGAAAUCAUGGUCGAAAUCAUUCUGACAGAGCGCUCGUACAUUCGCGACCUGGAAGUCGUCAACGACGUGUUUAUCGAGCCCAUUCGUGCGAAAGAGCUCCUCUCCAAGUACGAGAUCAGCUCCAUCUUUGCCAACAUUCAAGACCUGCUGCCCAUGCACUGGAAUUUGCUCAACGCGCUGCUGUCCUCGCUCGAAGCCGACCCUGCCGACCGCGCGAUUGGUCGCAUCUUUCUUGACCACCUAACUGCCGUCUCCAAGGAGUACGGAACUUAUAUUUCCAACCGCCACAAUGCCGAGCGCGUUCUGCUUGCGCACAAGCGAUCCAACAAGCAGUUUGCCGCAUUUUUGGAGGAAUGCCAAUUGAACGCCAGUUGCCGCAAGUUGGCCUUGCAGUCGUUUUUGGCAGCACCCUUCCAGCGCAUCACCCGGUACCCGCUGCUGCUGCGAUUGUUGGUCAAUACCACCAAAGCUGGACACCCGGACUUUCCCAAUGUCCUUGCCGCCAUCGAUAGCUUUUCCCAGAUUGUCUCUGCCACCGAGAGCAAAACCCAAAAGGCCGAGAGCAUUCAGCGGUUAAUGGAGGUGCAUGCUGCGAUUGACUGGCAUUCCGUCCCCAUUCCCAAGGACUGGACAUUAGUCACAGCAAGUCGGCGAUUGCUAUUCGAAGGCCCGUUGUUGCGUCGUCGCGAAGGCCGUAAACCGCAAGAAGUCACCGUUUUCUUGUUUAACGACGUGAUAAUCAUCACUCGGCCACGGAAGGACAAGUUAGAGCUCGUUGCUGCCCCAAUAUCGCUUCGGGAUGUUCUUGUGCAUGACGGUUCGCGGCAAGGCGGCACUUCCAGCGAGUUGCUUCCGAAUGGCGGUCUAGUGUCUCAAUCUUCCUCCACGUCGUUAAGCGCCUCUGCCACACCGUCGAGCGGUAGCCCAACCUCGUCGUCCACCAACAGCACCCCGCCUGCUUCACCAAAGACGGCGGCCGCCAAGAUAUCUGCGACCUUCCGAAGACACAGCUUCCGAAAUUUCGUCAAGAUGGGCGGAGGCGCCAGUGGCGGCACGGUGGGCCCUCAGACCAUGCACAAGUCUCCUUCCAGGGAUCGUGAGUUGGCGACAAUCUUUACCGGGGCGACAUCGAGCACGCUCAAGACCAUCCAUCGGCGAUCGGCGGGCAGUCCUGUCGACCUCGCGCCGAUCGCCCUCACUGCUGCCGAACAAGCUGACUUUGACGCGGCGAUUGCGCCAGCCGAUGCCGGCUCACCACAAUCCGUCAGUCGGACCAGCAGCGUGGGGAAUGGCGACUACCGCAAAACACGGAGCGACAGUACCGACAGCAGCGGCGCUGGGUCGCACAGCAAGGAGACGUCGACCUCCACGGAAAACAUGGGUGAUGAGCGAUCGCCUGGGCUCUUGGGCCAGUCUGUCUCUGACCCGACAGGUUCCUGUGUGCCUCUGUCCACCGCGGCCAAGGCGUUGGUGCUGCCGUCGCUGAACGAGCAAACCGUGCUCUGCCUUGCUGGCAACACUCCGGACGAAGUGACGGCCAUGUCCAACCAGGACCAGGGAGGCGAUGACACGCCACCGCGCUUCCGAACCGAGUCGCUCCCCGAGAAGCGCAAGGGAGCGGUCAAGCGCUGGACGUCCGAGGUUUCGUCGCUCACCGCCAAGCCAACCCUUCGCCAACGGCUGCUUUCCAGCAACAAGCCCGCCCCAACAACGCGCGGUGUCUUCCAGUUGGUUCACGUUGGUUGCGCCAUCCACGAGUUUGAGGCUGCGUCCGAGUUUGACAAGACCAACUGGAUUAAGCACAUUGAGGUCGCCUUCAAUAGCAUUUUUUCGCAACGCCGCCCCCAGUCCGGCUUUGACACCAGUCGCGCUCUGUCCGCCAGCCGCGAGUCUCUCAACCAAUCGCUCGCAUCCACCUCUGCGUCCACCCUGCCCGAGCUGCAGGAUCAACCAGCCUCGCCCUCGAGCUCGACCGGGUCACAUUCCGUGUCACACACGAUGAAACCAUCGCGAAGCGUUACCGGUCUGGCCCAGCACGCCACGUCCAACGAUGCCGCGGACUCUCCUAUCGGUCGUCGUGCGGCCUCCAUUGACAACCUCGCUAGUUGAGUGGUAGAGUUUAUUUCAGCAUUUUCGGGACCCGAUGAUGGCUGAUUGGUAUUUUUUUUUUUUUU